AUGGGUGUGGUACGCUGGGGUGGUGCAUUUGGGUUUGCGUGUUACCGUAGCAGAGGCUGGGGCUUCUCAGGGCUGACGUUUCUCUCUGAUUUCAGGAACUGUCCUUCGCCUUUUAAAAGAAAGAAAGAAAAGCAAGGAACUAAUGUGAGACAUGAGACCCAACAGCAUCAGCCUGGCAGGAAGGCUCCAACGUACGAAGAUGUCCCAGAGUUUCCAGUCUAUGCCACCGUGAAUAAACCCACGAGUGUGAGGCAGGAUGACAGCAUUCAUUAUGCAGACAUCCAAGUGUUCACCAAGGUCCGGGAGCGCUCUGCGGCAGAGGUAAAGAACUUGCAAAUGCAGAAUGCUACAGAGUAUGCCACCCUCAACUUCCCCCGGCCCAGGCUGAAAUAUGACAGUAAGAAUGGGACCCUGGUAUGA